AUGGACUUCUUCGAUCUGUUGCAGGUCGCAAUGAAGACCACCAACAGCAAGCCCCGGGAGAUUCUACGCCACCGGCUGGAGCUGCACACCUCGGGCAGUAAGGAGAUCAUGUGCCUGCAGCUGUGGCGUGUGAAGGCGGAGACUGCGAUGCUCUACCAUUUCCAGGUCUGGGAGCACGAGGGCCCGCCCCGCUACAUGGAGUCGGGGCGGGUCCUCCACAGCAACGCUGUGGAUGAGGGCUUAGACGGCUUCAGCUUCCUCCCGAACCCGCAGACGGCGGAGUGGCUACAGACUGUGUAUGCCAACGACACGGAGGAGAUGAAACGGGAGAAGCGCAUGCGCCAGGACCUGGAAGUGCCCAAGGGCCGGCCUUUGGACUUCCAGUUGGAGUUGACUAAGUCAUUCUGCUGGAAGCACCCCCUCAAAGCAGGGCGGCGGCCUGUGCGCAGCACGGUGCUCCAGGUGGACCAUUUUAUGUCCGAGUUCCUGGACUCCUAA